AUGGCUCUCCAAACUCUCACUGCAAGGCGAGGUGGUAAUCGUGGUGCCGUCACGAAACUUCUUACAAAGCUUCAAGGCAUACUACAAGAUCUACACUCCAAGAUCAAACUCAUCCAAAUAUUGGACGAUGAGAUUCAAAACGUGACCGAUGCUGCUGAUGUAGCCGCAGAAAUCUGGAGCGCUGACGUCUUCAACAGUAACGCGUUCGACGGUCGUGAUCGAGCUGAGUUUGAGCUUCUCAAAUUACGUCAGCAGGUAAUAGACGCAAACGCGGCUGUUGCUGCUGCCGCUGCGGCCACCGUUGCUUCUGCAGCUGCUGCUGCGAAUCUAAAUCGUCCUCCAACCGUUCCAGCUCUUCCGGUCCAAACGAACUCUUCAAAUCUCCCUAAGUUCGAUUUGCCAGAGUUUGACGGUAGCGUUCUUCAUUGGCGUGCUUUCUGGGACGUGUUUGAAUUCGAGGUUCAUAACAAAGCCACCUACACUGGAGCCACGAAAUUCAACUUUUUAAACUCGCGUCUAAAAGGCUCAGCCAAAGCCGCUCUGUCCGGCCUUACUCCAAACAACGCUAACUAUCCCAAAGCUAUCGACAUCUUAAAAGAUCGCUUCGGUCAAGACAAGAAAAUUAUAGCUGCCCACAUGCGCGCGCUAUACAAUAUGGCGAAACCUGGAACCGAUCGUGUAAGUCUACGCAUCUUUUCGGACCAGCUAGAGUCGCACAUCAGAGGUUUGGACGCCCUUGGAAAGAAGGCUGACUCGUUUGGUGAUCUUCUUGUGUGUAUCCUCUUGGAUAAAUUCUCACCGGACCUACGUCGAAAUUUAACUCGUCAGCAUGGAACGACAGAGUGGACUCUAGAAGAAUUGCAGGCUUCAAUCAAACGAGAGCUCGAAAUUGUAGACGACAGCCCAGCUGAACAGCAUUCAAGCAAAAUUCCGCCAGCAGGUGUAAAGAAGACCAACGUUUUCUUUGCCGGAGCGUCUCAACCUAUCAAGAAAAAGCAACGCUGCGCCUAUUGCACAGGUGAUCACUACGCAUCUCAAUGUACCAGUGUCGGGAAAGCAGCAGAGCGACUUAAGGUAGCAAAAGUGAAAAAGCUGUGUUUAAACUGCUUGGACGCGUCCCACACCAGUUUGAAAGAUUGUCCGUCAAAGUAUCGUUGCAAAUACUGCUCCAAAGCUCAUCAUUCCAGUUUACAUCCAGAAAACUCCGAGGAAGUGUCCGAGACUCCAUCCGUCGCUUCCAUGUCAGUGUCCAUCUCUCCAUCUUCAACUUUGGCAGCAGCCAUUCAUCAUUCGGAGUCGUCAGGAAAGUUUACACAGCCGUACGUUUUUCUCAAAACGGCGAUUGUUGAAACACGCUUCAAAGGUUUUAAGGAACGCGCCAACAUUCUCAUCGAUGAGGGAUCGCAACGCACCUUCAUUACUUCCCGUUUGGCUAAAUUAUUGCACUUGAAACCAAUGUGGCGUGAAAGUUUACUCUUAUCCGGUUUCUCCAUGAAUCCAACAGGCAUCGAAUACUAUGACGUAACUCAGUUUUUUAUUGUUGACCUCAGCGGUUCCUUAAUCAAAAUCAAAGCCAUCAUCAUUGAUCAUCUUGUGAGCCCACUGGAUGAUCCGCAUCGUAAUUUGGCAGCUUCUCUUCCUCAUCUCAACGGACUUCAAUUGGCCCAUCCACCUUCUGAAGCCACAUCAUUCGACGUUGACAUCCUGAUUGGUGCCAAUUUCUACUGGUCACUUGUUCGCGACAAAGUUAUUCGAGGCGCAGGUCCAACGGCCACCGAGUCCAAAAUCGGUUAUCUUCUCUCCGGUCCAUUAUCUGCGUCAUCCGUAGAAAUCGAAUCAUCCGAUUCUGUCUUAACGCUUCACGUUUCGACCAUGGAAAAAUUCGACCUGUCCAAAUUCUGGACGGUUGAAGGGCUUGGGAUUCAACCCGAGUUGGAAAGCGACACAACGACUAACAUCUACCAGAGUCAAUGUAUCGAAUUUCGUGACAAUCAGUAUGCGGCAAAACUUCCUUGGAAAUCGGAACAUCCCGAACUCGCUCCAAACUUUCAAGUUUGCCAUCGUCGAACCAUCGGAACAAUCAAGCGGGUAUCUAAGAGCCCAAGUCAACUAGCCAUCUACCAAAAGAUCAUCAGUGACCAGUUGGAUCGAGGUUUUAUCGAAAAAGUUCCGCCGGGAGAAAUUUACAAACGUGAUUGUCACUAUAUCCCUCACUUCGCCAUUGAAAAAGAGUCAGCGACCACACCGCUUCGGAUCGUGUACGACUGUUCUUGUAAGACAUCAGCAGGCGUUAGUCUAAAUGAUUGCCUCGAAACGGGACCACCUCUUCAGAACGAUAUGUUGGAGAUUCUACUACGCUUUCGUGUACAUCGAGUCGGCAUUUCCGCGGAUAUCGAAAAAGCUUUUCAUAAGGUCAUCCUGCCCGAUUCGGACCGUGAUUUCUUCCGCUUCCUAUGGACCAGUAAUAUCAGCAAUCCCGAUGCUGAUCUAGAGGUCUACCGCUUCAAAGUCAUUCCAUUUGGAGCCAGCUGUUCCCCAUUUAUUCUCCUAUCAGUCAUCAAACAUCACUUACAUUCUUUGCCGUCCCUCACAGCAGUUGACAUGGAUCUCAACAUCUAUGUCGACAAUCUUAUUUCAGGAUGUGACUCAACGAAGGAAGCAGUGGACUACUAUGCAGUGUCAAACUCUAUUCUCAACAAGGCCGGACUGAAUCUUCAAUCUUGGAGUUCAAACGACCAAGCAAUCAAUGUUCGUGCGGUUGAAGAUGGCGUAGCCGAUCCUUCCACCAGCUCAAAAAUACUGGGCCUAAACUGGGAUCGUUCUACCGACUCGCUUUCGCUUCCCGCGUUCCGUCUUUCCACUUUUAUCCACGCUACAACAACAAAGCGCGAUAUUCUUCGUGGCAUUUCUACAGUUUUUGAUCCCAUGGGAUUCUUCGCUCCGCUCACAAUCGCAGCAAAAAUUCUAAACCAAGAGCUCUGGAAAGAAAAGUUUGACUGGGACGAUCCUCUCCCUCAAAAAUUCCGUGAGCGUUUUAGUAAAAUCGCAGCUGACAUCGACAAUUAUCAUCCAGUCGUCCCCCGCUGUUAUCUUGAAUGUCGCAACGACCUUCAGAGUUUACAUCUCUUCGUGGACGCCAUUCCUCACGCGUUUGGAGCCGUUGCUUAUUUUUGCAACUUGGAUCGUGUCGCCUUCGUUCUCUCCAAAUCACGAGUCGCUCCAUUGUCAAUCGGUAAGAAGCCUCCUACUUUACCUCAACUGGAACUUAUGGCAGCUCUGAUCGGGUCAACACUCGCAAACACGAUCGUGAAAGCUUUAAAACCACUUGGAAUUUCUCUCACCGUCACGAUGUGGUCAUAUAGCCAAAUUGUUCUUUAUUGGCUGGCGCAGACAGCUCGUAACAAGUGCCAGUACGUCGCAAACCGUGUUGACACUAUCCAAAAGUUAUCAAAGGAUCUUCAAGCUUCUUGGCAUUAUUGCCCCACAAAAUCCAAUCCGGCUGAUUUACUAACAAGAGGUAUUUCACUUCGUCAGUUCCAGCAAUCAUCCAGUUUGUGGAUUUAUGGUCCAACUUGGCUCUCUUCACCCGAAGACUGGCCGUCAUGGGAGACCAACAAGCUAAACGCAGUCGUACUUCAUUUGGCGGAGUCUCAACUGGCUCCACUCAUCAGUCGUCCAGCUAUCCCCCCCGAUUCAAUUGAUUUAUUCGAAGUCAUGGAUGUUUCACGCUACAAUUGGAUUACUCUACUUCGUGUGACUUCUCGGAUUCUUCGCUACAAGAGUUACUUUUUACCCAAUCGUCACCCUGCUCAAGCUUUCGAAUUUCUCACAACUGCCGAACUUCGAAACGCAGAGCUAAUUUGGAUCAGAGCCUUUCAGCAACGCUUCCUACAAGAUGAGUACAGAUAUCUCCGUUCCCGUUCAGGUGCUCGACCAGCGCUUGUAUCUCAACAUGAUCUUUUUAUCAACUACGACGACAUCAUUUGCUGUAAAGGCCGUCUUCAGCACGCUAGAAUAAAAUCUAGUGCAAAGCAUCCGUUUCUUCUUCCAAAAUCCUGCGACUUAACUACUUUGAUAAUUCUUUAUCAUCACAAACGGAUGUUCCACUGUGGCGUCGACGCCACCUGUUCCAGUCUCCGUCAACGGUAUUGGAUUCCAUCUAUCAAGCAACGUGUACGAUCCAUUUUACGCAGCUGCGUAACUUGUCGUCGAGUGAGUGGAAAACCCUACAGAGCCCCAGAUCACGCUCCGCUACCUGCAUUCCGAGUCAGCGAUGCCCCCCCUUUCACCGUCGUUGGUGUCGAUUACACCGGUGCUUACACAAUUCGGGGUGUUUCUCCAAAAGAUGAUCAAAAGGCUUAUAUUUUCUUAUUCACAUGCGCCAGCACCCGUGCAAUUCAUCUUGAAUUGGUUGAGGAUCUUUCAGCUCACAGUUUCCUACUCGCCUUUCGUUGA